CGAGCCAGACCCGGAGGGCCGCGGAGGACGCGGGAGGCGCGCGGAGAGCCGAGGUCUCGCUAGGAUCCCGCGCUCCGGGGCCUUCGGCGAGGGAGGGGCGUGGCGGGGGCAGCGGCGGGGCGGCGGGAGCGUCGGCGUGGCGAUUCGGUGCCCCGGCUUUUUCUGCCCAGCGCCUGCAACUCGAGGCUGAGAACUUCUCCGGCCGGCCCACCAGUCCUGGCCCCGCGCAGGCGGCGCCAGGCGACUCCCGCACCUUGUCCCCCGUCCGCCCCCGCCUCCUCCUCCGGCCGCACCACUCCCCCUGCCGGCCGCGAUUCUCUCCGUUACAAAGGAGGGAAAAUGAGCCGGGCGGCGGCGGCGCGGCGCGGGGCCACCACGGCGGCGGCGAGCGCGGCCGCCCCCGGCACCACGUAACCCGCCCCCGCCCGCCCAGCCGCGGCCCAGGCCCGAGCGGAGCCUGCCGCCUGCAGCCUGCCGCCGUGCGCCCGCCUGCAGCUCGCCUCCUCGGCCCUGAGCGUCGCCUCCCGGCCGGCGGAGGAGGUGGAGGAGGAGGAGGCGCGGCUUUCCCCGCGGCGCGCGCCCCCGCCGUUGUCUGAGCUCUGCUCUGGACCAGUUUGGGGAAGUUGCCCCGCGUCACCCAGAUGUGCGACCUCAUUGAGCCGCAGCCGACCGAGAAGAUCGGCAAGAUGAAGAAGUUGCGGAGAACUUUGUCAGAGAGUUUCAGCCGCAUUGCUUUGAAGAAGGAUGACACCACCUUUGAUGAGAUAUGUGUCACAAAGAUGUCUACACGGAAUUGCCAGGGAAUGGACUCAGUGAUCAAACCCCUGGACACAAUUCCUGAGGAUAAAAAAGUCAGAGUUCAGAGGACACAGAGCACUUUUGACCCAUUUGAGAAACCAACUAAUCAAGUAAAGAGGGUGCAUUCUGAGAACAAUGCUUGCAUUAACUUUAAGACCUCCUCCACUGGCAAAGAGUCACCUAAAGUUAGGCGGCACUCCAGCCCCAGCUCGCCAACAAGUCCCAAAUUUGGAAAAGCUGACUCAUACGAAAAACUGGAAAAACUAGGGGAAGGAUCUUAUGCUACAGUAUACAAAGGGAAAAGCAAGGUAAAUGGGAAGUUGGUAGCUCUGAAGGUGAUCAGGCUGCAGGAAGAAGAGGGGACACCUUUCACAGCUAUCAGGGAAGCUUCUCUGUUAAAAGGACUAAAACAUGCUAACAUAGUGCUACUUCAUGACAUCAUCCAUACAAAGGAGACGCUGACACUUGUGUUUGAAUACGUGCAUACUGAUUUAUGUCAGUACAUGGACAAGCACCCUGGGGGGCUGCAUCCAGAUAAUGUGAAGUUGUUUUUAUUUCAGUUGCUGCGAGGGCUGUCUUACAUCCACCAGCGUUAUAUUUUGCACAGAGACCUGAAACCACAGAACCUUCUGAUCAGUGACACGGGGGAGUUGAAGCUGGCAGAUUUCGGUCUUGCAAGAGCAAAAUCCGUCCCUAGCCACACAUACUCCAACGAAGUGGUUACCUUGUGGUACAGACCUCCAGAUGUCCUUCUAGGCUCAACAGAAUAUUCCACCUGCCUUGACAUGUGGGGAGUAGGUUGCAUCUUUGUUGAAAUGAUCCAAGGAGUUGCUGCUUUUCCAGGAAUGAAAGACAUUCAGGAUCAACUUGAACGAAUAUUUCUGGUUCUUGGAACGCCAAAUGAGGACACAUGGCCUGGAGUUCAUUCUUUACCACAUUUUAAGCCAGAACGCUUUACCCUGUACAGCUCUAAAAACCUUAGACAAGCAUGGAAUAAGCUCAGCUAUGUGAACCAUGCAGAGGAUCUGGCCUCUAAGCUCCUACAGUGUUCCCCAAAGAACAGGCUAUCGGCACAGGCUGCCUUGAGCCAUGAGUAUUUUAGUGACCUGCCCCCACGGCUAUGGGAACUCACCGAUAUGUCUUCUAUUUUUACUGUCCCAAAUGUGAGAUUGCAACCAGAAGCUGGAGAAAGCAUGCGGGCCUUUGGGAAAAACAAUAGUUACGGCAAAAGUCUAUCCAACAGCAAGCACUGACAAGCAGCACAUUCUCAAGAGUGCACAGGUAAGAUGACUUGCUUUACAUGGAAAG